AUGAGCUCAUACCGGAAGACGCCCUCGGCGGUUCGCACGGCGCGCCGCAGCGUCGCGUGGGGCGGCGGCAAUGGCUGCGCCCACGAGCCAGCGGCAAGGCAGCGCAAGAGACCUUGCCCUCGCGUGCUUGCCGUUGCCGGGAGAGAAAAUUGCGGUGACGGAGACGUACUCAAGCUGUUAUUUUUGGCAGUUGUCUCAUUACACACACGAGAUGCUCUGUCUUUCGAUCGGGGAGCCCUGCUAAACAAACAGCCACUUCCAAACGUCCUUUCCUGUUCGCCUUUGCGUGUUCUUUCUGUUCCAUUAUCGGAAAAGUCGUGGCGCGAGAUUGUUACGUUGCCUACAGAGACCGGCUGUUACUACAAUUUCCAGCACUACGAGGAAGGAGAUCGAAUAAUAACGAACGAACCAUGCCUAAACUGCACUUGCCAUAAUCGGAUGCUCAUGUGCUAUCUGAGGGUAUGUCCCUUCUCCAAAGCUAUUGGUCAAGACUGCACCGUUGAGAAGAAACCCGAGCAGUGUUGUCCAGUCAUCACAUGUCCAGAAGUUCCUGUUCAACUUGUAACGAGUUCUACUACAGCAGCUACUCCCCCCGCUCCAACAUCAGGAUCAUCAGCUGUAGGUCACCCUGAUAAUUAUGGAUGCACUAUUGAUGAGGUCUUCUACACUGAUGGAGCAAAGGUUCCUGGAGAUUCCAGCAAGCCAUGUGAAUUGUGUUACUGCAUUCGUAACAGAACUGCUUGUGUAAUGCAAGAAUGUACAUUACAUGUAGAAGGGUGCCAGCCUGUAUAUGCAGAUGGUGUAUGUUGUCCUGUGCGAUAUGACUGUGAUUACCAAGAAGCAACAGAAGCAACUCUUCCCGAGACAACAGUUCGACCCACUCCUGGUUUAAUUCUAACUACUACACCAGGUCCCUUAGACUGUCAGCAUGAUAACGAAGUAUAUGCUGAUGGUGCAAUGUUACCAAACACCAAUCCUUGUGAAUUCUGUUACUGCAUGAAGGGAGAUAUUGUGUGUGCUGUUCAGGAAUGUGGUACUCCUCUUGAACGAGAGGGCAAGAACUGCACUGCCCUGCCCCCACAGCCAGGAUCUUGCUGCCCUCAGCAAUACCAAUGUGAGCCUGAGAUAAGUCAAGCAAACGACCUAUCCUUGAGGCAGAAUCGCAAACAUGAACACGAUGCCGAUGAUAAUGGUACCCUCCCACUUGACAUUAUGAAUCAAGAGAAGCAUCCAGACACUCCAGAAUCCAGUCAGCCAUCCAGUGAUAACGAGCCAACAACCCAGGCUACGCCAGUGGAGCCAUCAGUCGUUGACAAUGAAAUUGACUCACCUGGAGGAGCUAUCAUUGAGCAAAGUACUUCUGAUGAGGACUCACCCACCAUUGCUCAAAAACCAGAAACUACAGAUGGUGAAACACCAGCCUCUCAUCCAAUUGAAGAAAAAGUACCAGAACCUUCUGUUGUAGAGCAGGAUCAUGAACAAACCAUUUCACAGGUUGACCAAUCAUCAGAUAAUCAACAUCCAGUAAUUAGUGAGACUGAGCAAGUUGAUCAAUCAUCAGAUAAUCAACAUCCAAUAAUUAGUGAGACUGAGCAAGAAAAUAUUCCUCCGAGCGAAACAUCUCCUGCGACAAUUGAACAUGUGAAACCAGCAGAAAAUGAGGGAGCAAUUCAGGAAUCUACAGCUAAGCCAGAGGGUUCAGAUGGCAUAAUCGAACAAGAACAAGAACACAAACCAGAAGGUAACGAAUCACCCGUCUCACCUUCGGAAGAAAAACCUUCAGAACAGACAGAUUCACAAACGUCUGCCGGCGAAUUAGACUCAACGGAAAAACCAACACAUUUAGUCACAGAACCUGUUGAAGCAGAAACAACGGUCCCACCAGCUUCUCCAGAUGAAACCACUCUUCCUUCUGUAGAUGAGCAUGUUCCACAUGACCACGAGAAACAACCCAUUGAUGAGGAAUUGCCUUCGGAGGCUUCCACAGACCAACCCCUUCAAGAAUCUUCGCCCUCAACAACUAGUCACGAAGCGAGUUCUGACACAUCCUCAGUUGAUGAAUCGACUAAUGUUCCUGUAGAUGAAAACAUUAUAACAACAGAUGCCAUAAAACCUGAAGUAUCAACAGAUUCACCUGUUGAAUCUACUUCCGUUCCUGAGCAAGAAUCUCAAACAACUGGAGAGGCUUCACACGAAGAUCCCUCAGACUACUCUACACCUUCAGCAGAAAGUGAACAACCAGAAGUUCCUGAGCACGUGACAGAAGCUGUAAUAUCUGAAUUUCCAGAGUCAACCGACCAACCACAGAAACUCCCUUCGACGUAUGCUCCAGAAACGGUAACUGAAGGUUCUGGAUCAGAUAGUCAAGGAACAGAGCAAGAAUCUACAUUGUCACCAUCACCAGGUGAAUCCGAUGAAAGCGAACCAGCGCUAGGAACAUCCACAGAGGGCCCAUCCAUUUCUGAUACAGCUAAGCCUGAUUAUAGCUCAUCCGAUACAACUGAAUUACCUUCUGGUCCUUCAACAUCUUCGGAAGAACAUAAACCGGAAGAUACUCACGUGUCAGAUGAGCACACAACUUCAGAGCAGGGUACCGGUGUACAGGAAGAAACUCAUGAAUCUUCUGAACAUCCCCCGACAGAGCCUGUAUUGUCGGAGACUGAAAUUCCCGAUCAAAUUGGAGAACAGCCAACUCAAGCACCUGAUUCUGUGACUGGGCAAGAAGACGAAAAAGAAGUUACAUCUCAAUCGGUUGAACCAUCCGAAGCUCCUGAACACCACCACCCAUCUAUUGAUCAGACGUCUGACACGGCUGAAGGCAUAACAGAGUCGGGAAUAAAAGUUACUGAAAAAGUAGAUGAUUUGACUUCUUCUGAAAUAAUUACUGGCGGUGGUAUUGCUGGUGCACCCACUACAGUUCCAGAGCAAGGACCGGAAGGAAUAUCUCCUACAGAAUCGACUCCAGCGCAUGGAAUUGUCCCAGGAGAAGGCAAUUGUUUAGUGGAAGGUCAGAGUUAUCAGAACAAUUCAGCCAUUCCACCUUUGAACCCGUGUGUUUUGAGCUGCAGAUGUGUGAGUAGUAUUGUUCACUGUGUAAAGGUUACAUGCUCUCCCCCACCGGCAGGACAUAAGAAUUGCAUACCAGUGAAAGAUAAGAGUGAUGCUUGCUGUGACACAUAUCUAUGCGAUGGUGAUUCAACCCCUACUCUUGAAUCCGAUAGUCACAUGGCUGGAGGUGCCACAACCGGGGAUGGAAAAUUGCCGGAAUCAACUCAGGAAUCAGUAGACGAAUCUGCAACAGGAGUGCCAGAAUCUGGAAAACCUGAAACGUCUGAGGAAUCGUCUUCUCUUUCUCCUGAAGCAGUUGAAGCUGGAGGUCCGGAGCACACUUCAAGUGAAGGGGAAGUUUCUUCGGGUGUAUCUGAUUCAUCUUCAGAGGGUGCGAUUGAACAUGAGAAACCUGCUGAAUCUAUCGACUCGGAACACCUAAAUCCCACUUCUCCAGAGCCAAUCGAAUCUGAAAAUCCAGAAUAUUCAUCGCAACAUCCGGAUGUCCAUCCCAUUGGCAUUGUUCCAAUUGAUGAAGAAGGCGCAAGCAUUUCUCAGAAGCCAGACAAACCAGAAGAAUCUCAAGAACCAGAACAUCCACUUCCUGAUGUUUCAGGCGUUGACGAAACUUUACCGGACGAACAAAUUGCUCAUCCAGGAGUAACUUCAAAACCGGAACAAUCUCUUGAAAUAGAUCAUACAGAUACGGUGCAACAGACGUUAGAAACAGAUGAUGCAAGUAGCAAACCAGAAGAUCAUGAACACCCAGUACAGACAACUGACAUUGAAUCGUCGGGAACUUCUGAGGCGCAACGACCAGAUGAACACCCUGUCGAACCUCACGGUACUGAACUUCCAGUGGAAAUGGAGCCUACUGGAACCCCUGAAAUAUAUCAGCCAACACUCCUUCCCAUUUUACCAGUUGAAGCAGAAGGUACAGAUGCGGGGGAUUCUGGGAAACCUCAAACGGAACAACCAAUUGACGCAGAACUUCCGGUUCAACCUGAUAAUUCACACGUUGCUGAAACUGAGGUUCCAGAACAGCCACCAUCCUCGGUCACGGAGCAGUCUGUAACUGUAGAAUAUCCAUCAUCACCGGCAGACGUUGGUAAACCUGAAGAACCUACACCAUUCGUUACUGAAAAACCGUCUCUUCCUGAGCAAGCAGUUGAACAAGAACAGCCUUCGCAACCGGAACCACCUACCUCCAGUGGAAGUGAAUCAGAUCAAACUCUUCCUGAAUCUAGCACAAGUGAAUCGGAAACGGGCGCAACAGAACAACCACCAGUCGUGGAUACCAAACCUUCUCAGGAAUCUGUCGAAGCUAGUGAAUCAGAUGUGACUCAGCCAGAGCACCCUGAAGAAACUACUAGUUUAGGGGAAUCAGAAGGUGACAGCAUUGUAGGUAUUGAACACCAAGAAGAAACAGAACAUAGUACCCAAUUGCCUGAUGAAGACCACGAAAUUUCAAAACCAUCAGACACUGACAAUCAAAAGCCUGGAACAAUCGAACCUUCAGAGAUCGAAGGCUCGGGCACAGAAUCUACUCAAUCACCCCAACCUGAGGACGUCCAACCUGAACAGCCUAAACCUGAAGAGCCGCAACCUGUCGAAUAUCAACCUGACGAACUUCCUACACAGUCUGCCACUAAGCAGCCUGAAAUUGAAACUCAGACGGACACGUCCCAUCCUGAAGUACCUCAUAUAGACCAGCCACAACCUGUAGAAUCCCAACCUGAUGAGCCUGAGAAUGUCAAUUUACCCCCCACAGACCAACCACAAACUGAGCAAUUUCAACCUGAGGAGACUCUUCCCGACCAAGAAAAACCAGAGGAACCCCAGCCAGUAGAUGUUCAAACAGAACACCCAUACACUGAACAGCCUCAAACUGAACUCUCUCAAACUGAACAAUCUCAUUUUGAACAAACUCAUCCAGAACAGCCUCAAACUGGAGAGCAUCAACCUGUUGAAGCUCAGCCUGAGCAAAUUCAAACUGAAGAGCCACAACCUGUUGAGGCCGAAACUGAACCGCCUCAAGCUGGAGAAGCACAACCUGUUGAGGCCCAAACUGAACUAUCUCAAACAGGAGAGCCACAACCCGUUGAGGCCCAAACUGAACCACCUCAAACUGGAGAACCACAACCCAUUGAUGCUCAAACUGAACUACCUCAAACUGGAGAGCCACAACCCGUUGAGGCCGAAACUGGAGAACCACAACCCAUUGAGGCCCAGCCUGAACAACCUCAAACUGGAGAGCCACAACCCGUUGAGGCCCAAACUGAAUCACCUCAAACUGGAGAAUCACAACCCGUUGAGGCCCAGCCUGAACAACCUCAAACUGGACAUCCACAACCCGUUGAGGCCCAAACUGAAUCACCUCAAACUGGAGAACCACAACCUGUUGAGGCCCAAACUGAACUAUCUCAAACUGGAGAGCCACAGCCCAUUGAGGCCCAAACUGAAUCACCUCAAACUGGAGAACCACAACCCGUUGAGGCCCAAACUGAAUCACCUCAAACUGGAGAACCACAACCCGUUGAGCCCCAAACAGAAGCACCUCAAACUGGAGAUCGUCAACCUGUUGAGGUCCAGCCUGAAAGUCCCAACACUGAACAACCACAAACUGAGCAAGCGCAAACCGAACUAUCUCAACCUGACGAAUCUCCCAGUGAGCAGCAUAAACCUGAAGAGGACUAUUCUGAACAUCCCAUCACUGAACAACUUCAAACUGAGACACCUCAGACAGAACAAUCCCAACCUGAGGUACCUCACCCCGAAGAACCUCAACCUGAUGCGCCACAACCUAUAGAAUCUGAAACUGAACGGCAUCCGGUCGAGUCAACUCAUACGGAACAACCUGAAACAGAACCCCAAACUAUUCUUCCUCAAGAAAUUCAACCUGAACAUCCAGAAGAACUGCAUCCUGUUACGACCAAGCCAGGAUAUCCUAUUUCUGGAGAAUCUCAAACGGAACAAUCUAUUUCUUCAACUUACCCAACAGAAGGACAUCCCACAGCUCACGAGGAAACCCAGACUCCACCAAGUAUACCUGAAGCAAAACCAGAGGAAGAUCAUUCGAAACCUCAAGGGGAAAUCAGUGAGACUGUGGGUCCUGUAGAAGCCAGUGAAGCAGAAGGGUCAACUACAGAACGUUAUCCUGAGGAAGUUGCAACAACUCAAUCACAUUCUUCUCCAGGAAUUCAAAUGUCUACCGAAGAUGAGCUCCACAUUGUAACUUCUUCCCCAGAAGAUUCUGGUUCGCCUAACAGACCUAUUGAUGGUGGUAGUCUUACACUUGAUCAAGAUGCAGACCAAAGUUCAUCUGAGCCGGGCCAGGAAGGAACAACUCAACAACCAGUGUCUCAUGUUGAAAUAAGUGAACAGUCAUCUACUCAAUCUGCUGAAAUUGGUCAUGUCCCAGAUGAGCCUCAUCUUGCCACUACCGGACCAUUAGAACCAGAAUCUACUACAUACCCUGUUGAAUCUGCUCAACCUGUCCAUCCUCAAGAGCCAAAUGUGGUUGAAACAGAUGAAUCUGAUAUAAGUGGUCCAUCCACUGAUCAAUCUCAUGUGCCUUUGGACCAUUCUGAAGCAGAACCACAUCCUUCUGGUGAAGAUGGAGAAGUUCAAACAACAAGUGAAUAUGGUAUUACCACCCCUAUUUCUCAACCAGAACACGCACAGACUUCAAAAACUGAUGAACCAUCUGAAUUGCCAACACCAGCCCCAACAACAUUUGUAGAAGGUGAAAAAGACGAAGAAACAUUUAAACCAACUGAAAUUGUGCCAGAAGAAGAUAAACAGACACCGGGUCCUGUUGAACCAGUUGAAUCCGAACAACCUGUAGGAACUGAAACGUAUCCAAGACCAGAUGUGAUAACUACCCAUCCGUCUGAUCAGACAUCAACAGCUAUUUCUGAAGCUGGUUCUGAUGAAGUGUCACAUGAUAAGAUCACUACUACAUACAGGCCACAAAUGGAAUCUGAGGGAUCGCAGGCAUCCGAGUCACCGGACGAAGGCGAAGAACCUCAAAUGACAACAGAAAAUGUUUUAGAUGAAAAGCCCACACCUGGUGACGUAGAGCCAUCAGUAAUUGAUUCAGAACAGCCCACAUCAUCUACUGACAUUGAAAAGCCUACAGAGACGGAGCACGCUGAGUCUGAGAAACCUACGCCAGAUCAGGAACUGGAAAGUCCACAAAGCACAUCUGCCUCCACCCUUCCAUCAGAUGAGAGUGAAACAGAAGAUCAUUCUGAAACUGCCAGUUCUGUGGAAUCUCAACCUAUUCCAACAACUACUCCAUCACAUUCAGAGGAACCUGGAGCACCUGAACCAGUGGUUUCAGAUACUGAUGAUACUGCAUCUCAGCAAAAGCCAGUUGAUCAGGAUCAAACACACGAGCAAUCUCCUGACAUCUCUUCACACGAAAGUAGUAGUACAACAGAAAAAGGUUCAUCUGGUGGUGUCAUAGAACACGUGACUCAAGUAUCACAUCCUAUUGAACAUGCAACAAUUCCAGGUGAAGGUCUGGACACGUCAACGAAAAAGCCAAUUGAUGAAGGACAUGGUUCUGGAUCAAGUACUACUCCUGCUGUGGAUCAAAAACCACAACACCCCUCUCACCCUAGUCCAGAUUACGAAAAUUUCAAUACUGAUGAUGGAUGGUAUCCUCCAUCAACUGAUGAAGACUGGUCAGAAGGUUCAUUUGGACCUGGCACAUGUCGUUAUGGAGGAAAACUCUAUGUUUCAGCCCAACAAAUCCCUCGUGAUGAUCCCUGUGAUUUCUGUUUCUGCUUCCGUAGUGAUAUUAUUUGUCUCCGACAGAGCUGUCCACCCCCUAUUCCAGACUGCCAUCAAGAGCCAAUUGAAGGCUUCUGUUGCCCACGAUAUCAAUGCGAAGUAUCCACUGCCACAAUGGUAAAUGUAUCUACUACAACAACAACUACAACAACAACUCUCCCUCCUCACUUCUUGUCUCAUGCAUACAAAGGAGCUGCUGUAAAGACUGGUUGUCUCUUGCAAGGAAAAUCUUACAAAGUAGGAGAAAAAAUACAAGAAAAGUCAACACCAUGCCUUGAAUGCCUGUGCGGAGGAAAUGGUGAUAUGCAGUGUAAUCCAAGGGACUGCCAACCUGAACCAAUGCUGAGAAAAAUGAUAAUGGCUGCAGCUAGCAGGCGAAGAUGAAGACAGUUUCCUACAAAACGUAUAUGAAGUGCUCAAUUGGUUGACACUUCCCAUGAAAGGGAAGAUGAUUUGUGUUGAAACACAGAGACACUGUAGGAACAUUGCAGUUCUGACUAUUCAAAAGCGUGCCAAAAUGACAGGACAGAAACAUAGCAAUGUGAAUUUGUCAUGAUUGUGCCUUUCCUCAAAACCUCAACCCCCUAGUCUUUGUCUUGUACUAUUCAUAUUACUACAAUUUCUACUACUUUUGUUACUACUAUACGAUGACAUCCACAAUUACAACUAAUAUUACCACUAUCUCGUCGACUGUUACUCUGCAACUACGAUUACUUCUAAAAUAACUUCUAAUACUACAGGACUACUACAAUCACUGUUACUUUGGUACUAUAACUAUUACCAUUAUUACUAAUAAAACUUCUACUUACAAGUGAGAUCAAUCAAUAUUUUAUAAGAAUUAUUCUUAUAUUGUUGAUUCAAUUUGCAAUAUCUUGGACUCUCUAAACAAUACAUACUAGACUGAUAUUGUUAGAAACAAUUUUAUAAGAAUUUUGAGAAAUGAUGUACCAUGUCUGAUUUUUCAGAUAAAAUUGUACUGUUUAGAUAUAAGUCAUUUAACUAUUCCUGGUGAAUACAAUCUGACUAAUAGCGGGUUGCAGGAAAAUGAGAAGAAUUUGGCACGUCAUGUUUUGUAUCUUUUUUUUUUUUUAAUAUACAUAUAUAUAUUUCUCACUUACUGCAUUUGAGAGGGGGACAAAAUUAUAAUUGAUAGGUUGUUACAUAUUUGUAUAACACUUACUUAAUAUUUAUGACUGUGAAGAGAGAAAUGUGACGUGUGAAACAUAAGUAAUAUUAUGCCCUUUUGCCUUCUCUCAAUUUGUUGUAUGUGAAUGUUCCUAAUUUGUUUGAAUGGUAGAAAUGCAUUGAAAUUGCAUUGGCCCUAUUUCUUCUAAUUUUAUUUCGAUUUUCUCCUGUGCAUUGUUGAACAGUGAUAAAGAUAUUUCUACCACUUGAACUUUUUAGGUGGAGAAAUUGUACAUUUUUAUGUCGAAGGUAAUAUAGAUACAGUUCUAGUAUUUUUUAGUAUUUAUAUUAUAUACAUAUGUAAUUAUGUGACUCUAGGAUAAUAUUGUAAUCAAAUCUAUGCAAAAUUGAUUGAUUUGGUUUCUUUUCCCUUUUUUUAAAGAAUGAGCAUCUCAACAAAUUUUUCCAGUUUUGUACAAUAAAACAAAUCUUUUUUAACUUAUCUAUGUUAAUAAAGGAAAUGAAGAGGAUUUAGAGUCAUUUUUACAAAUAAAAACUUUAUAC